UUGUAGUUAAAUUAAAAUAAACAAAAUAAAAGUUGGUAGGUGAGAAUAGUUGGUCCCAUUUUGGCCUAUAAAUACAAACACAUUUCCUAAUCAAAAUACUUAGCUUUGAAAGUUGUUCUCUUCCCUUUGAAAGCAUUACCAUCUCCUUUACUUUUACAUUUACAUAUUACAUAUUACAUUUUACAUUUUACAUAAACUUGUACGUACCUUACAUCCCUUUAUUAAGAAAGAAGACUAAUUAAAAUGCCUUCUUCGGACAAGAUUAGCGGAAACGGGCAGACCGUUUGUGUGACGGGUGCGGGUGGGUUCAUCGCUUCAUGGAUUGUUAAGCUCCUCCUUGAGAGAGGCUACACCGUUAAAGGGACUGUUAGAAAUCCAGAUGAUCCGAAGAAUGCACAUUUGAGGGAGUUGGAAGGAGCAAAGGAGAGGUUGAUAUUAUGUAAGGCAGAUCUUCUUGAUUAUCAAGGACUCAAACUUGCUAUUUCUGGUUGUCAUGGUGUUUUCCACACUGCUUCUCCUGUUACUGAUGACCCUGAGCAAAUGGUGGAGCCAGCAGUGAUUGGUACCAAAAAUGUGAUAACAGCAGCAGCUGAGGCUAAGGUCAAGCGCGUGGUGUUUACAUCCUCAAUCGGAGCUGUUUAUAUGGAUCCUAACCGGAGCCCCGAUACGGUCGUCGAUGAGUCUUGUUGGAGUGAUCUCGACUUUUGUAAAAACACCAAGAACUGGUAUUGCUACGGGAAAGCAGUGGCGGAACGGGCGGCAUGGGAGGUGGCGAAGGAGAAAGAAGUAGACUUGGUGGUGUUAUGUCCGGUGUUAGUGUUAGGUCCAUUAUUGCAAUCAAGUGUGAAUGCAAGCAUAAUACACAUACUAAAGUAUUUGACUGGUUCAGCUAAAAAGUAUGCAAAUUCAGUACAAGCUUAUGUUCAUGUUAGGGAUGUUGCUUUGGCCCACAUUUUGAUGUACGAGACUCCUUCUGCAUCUGGAAGGUAUCUUUGUGCUGAAAGUAUUCUUCAUCGUGGUGAUGUUUGUGAUAUUUUGCAAAAGUUUUUCCCCGAGUAUCCUGUUCCUACCAAGUGCUCAGACGAAGUGAACCCAAGAGCAGAAGCAUACAAGUUUUCAAACCAGAAGCUCAAGGACUUAGGAUUGGAGUUCACCCCUGUUAAGCAAUGUUUAUACGACACCGUCAAGUGCCUCCAAGAAAAGGGUCACCUUCCUGUACCUCCACAGCAAGAGGAACCCAUCCGUAUUCUAUGAUACUUUUAUGUUUAUAUGCACGACCCUCUAAUAAUUACUGGGAUUAUUAUCAACUUAGACCGACCAUGCUUGUAUUUUGAACCAUAUCAAUUUUAAUCAACUACGUAUAUAUUAUA